AUGAAGUUCUUUGGCGGGAGCAAAAAGCAGUCGGCCACCUCGACCUCGUCGUCAAGGAAGCAUACGCCUAGUUCUAGUGUUGACGACCGCGACUUUUUGCAGCCCCAAGCGCACCCACACUCGGAACCUGCGUCGCCCACCAAGAGCUCGUCCAACCACAAAUCUCCGUCCAAGAAAAGUUCGCGGCCUGUGUCGUACCGUGAGCCCAGGGACGCUUCUACCGAAAAGCCGUCGUCGGCCUCCUCCACUCCUCGCCAGGCGAGGCUUUCUCGACACUCCACCGAGCCUUUGUCUACCUCGUCCUCGCGGCGCAGCAAAUUUGGCCCUGACACGCAUCCUCUGAAUUUGCCGCCUGAAGAGCGCCGUCGCUUGUCUAAAUUGUCCAGUUCCAACAUGAGCGAUCACAUGGACAUCGACCGGGAGCCGGUCAAUGGCGCCUCGUCGCCUGCCUCGCAGCCGCAGAGCAACCCGUCUGCCCAGACGAAUUUCUCCGUUCCUGUUCCGAAUGGAAACCAUCACAAUGACGCUCCGGCACCGCCGCCACACAGAUCCAACCCUUCCAGUCCCGUACCGACGGCUCUGGACGACGCUGAAGCCUACAAGGCCGCGGGUAACAGAUUUUUCAAGGACAUGAAUUACACAAAGGCUAUUGAACAAUACUCCAAAGCCGUCGAUCUGUUUCCCGACUCACCUACUUACUUGAGCAAUCGCGCCGCCGCUCGCAUGUCCAACGGCCAAUACGUGGCCGCACUAGAAGACUGUAGUCGCGCUGCCGAUCUAGACCCUCAAAAUUCCAAGGUUUUGUUGCGGCUCGCUCGUAUCUACACUGGUCUGGGCCGCCCCGAGGAAGCCAUGACGACCUUUAAUCGCAUUACGCCCGCGCCAUCCUCCAAAGACAUGGCUCCCACUAGGGAGAUGAUGUAUCACAUUGACACCGCCAAGCACAUCCUGAAGCAAGGUACUGGGGUUACAAUGGCUCUCCAUUCCAUUGACCAAGCGGAACGAGGUUUGGGACCUGGUGUCUCGAAGCCUCGCAAGUGGCAGCUCCUUCGCGGCGAUGCACAUCUGCUUGUCGGCCGUGAGAAUAAUUUGGGCGAGGCACAAGGUAUUGCCAUGUCUCUGUUACGGAACAAUGCUCAAGACCCCGAAGCACUGUUACUCCGCGGCCGAGUAUUGUAUGGCCAAGGCGACAACGCCAAGGCCAUCCAGUCAUUUCGUAUGGCCCUCACCUGCGAUCCAGACUACCGUGACGCCGUCAAGUGUCUCAAGACUGUGCAGAGGCUAGAUCGCAUGAAGGAGGAAGGUAAUGUCGAAUACAAGGCCGGUAGAUUCCAAGCCGCCAUCGGAAAGUAUAGCGAGGCUCUCGAGGUUGAUCCCAACAACCACAGCAUCAAUGCCAAGCUCCUACAGAACCGCGCUCUAUGCAAGAUCAGGAUCAAGAAAUACGACGAGGCAAUUGCUGAUGCCGAAAGGGCAGUCAGCCUUGAUCCGAGCUAUCUCAAAGCCAAAAAGACCAAGGCCAACGCGCUAGGCCAAGCUGGAAAAUGGGAGGAGUCUGUUCGGGAGUGGAAGUCGAUUCAGGAGGCUGAUCCAGCAGACCGCACGAUUCCAAGAGAAGUCCGCCGAGCAGAACUCGAGCUGAAGAAGAGCCUGCGGAAGGAUUACUACAAGAUUCUGGGUGUAGAAAAGGACUGCGGGUCUGAUGAUGUCAAAAAGGCCUACCGUAAGAUGGCUAUCAAGCUUCACCCUGACAAGAACCUGGACGAUCCAGAUGCCGAAGCCAAGUUCAAGGACCUGUCAGAAGCCUAUGAGACCUUGAGCGAUCCUCAGAAGAAGGCUGCAUACGACAAUGGCGACGAUCUCAUGGACCCGGCAGACAUGUUUGGCGGCGGAGGCAUGGGCGGCAUGGGUGGAAUCGAUCCCGAGAUUCUGUUCAGCAUGAUGGGUAACCAGGGUGGCUUUGGCGGAGGGGGCUUCCGAUCCGCUGGCGCAGGAUUCCCAGGCGGCGCUCAUUUCAAUUUCACCAAUGCCAGCGGUGGUCGGUCCCGAGGCGGCCAAUUCCCCUUCCAGUGA